CCUGCUUGCAGCGGGACACAGCCAGCGGCCGGCAGAUGGACUCCGGGGAGCAUAUGGAAACUACAAUGUGUAGGCCAAUCCUCUCUCCAACCCAUAUCAGUGCUGCAGCUUCUGAAACAUUCACAGUCCUUCAGCAAAGGAUGAGAAUAGUAGAAGAACAGACUAGUUCUCUGAGGGAUGACUUAAUUAUGUUGAACUACGGUGAAAAAAGAGGUCAUUUGGAACCUCCAGACUGUUUAGAAGAACCUGUCAGCCAGAAAGUCUUUGGUCCUAUCCAGAAUGAAAUAAUUCGUCCGGGAAAAAAAGAUAUUUUAUGGAAGAACUGUGAGUUUUUGGUAAAUCGAAUGUGCCAUCUGGAAAGCCUCAUUCAGUCCUUGAAGAUGAAUAUCUUUCGCCUGCAAACUGAAAAGGAUUUGAAUCCACAGAAAACAGCUUUUCUGAAGGAUCGAUUGAACACAAUUCAGGAGGAACAUUCCAAGGACCUGAAGCUGUUACAUCUUGAAGUGACGAAUUUGCGCCAGCAACUGAGAGAUGUAAGAGAGGAAGAAGACAAGGCACAAGAUGAAGUGCAGAGGUUGACUGCCACUCUGGAAAUUGCCUCGGAGACAAAGAAGACUGCAGCUAUUAUUGAAGAGGAACUGAAGACCACAAAACGUAAAAUGAACCUUAAAAUUCAGGAGCUAAGGAGACAACUGGCUCAGGAGAAGCACUUCAGGGAAUCACUUGAGAAAUCUGGAUCAGCCAUGCUACUCAAAAUACAAGAAAUGGGAUCAACAGUGGAAGAAGAACGGAAACAGGUGCACAUGUUGCAGCAAAACUGUGGUGCCUUACGCAGUUCUAUACAGACCACCCAAGAACUACUGGCACAGGAGCAACAGAAAAAAGAAGAGUUGGAGAUGGCUAUCUCACAGCUCAAGUCUGAUCUAAUUUCUAGAGAUGACCUCAUUUCCAAGUUGGUUGAAGAAAAUAAGAACAUGCAAAUGUCUGUCAACAAAGAACAUGAAGAAAACACAUAUUUGAAGUCUGAAAUGCUAUCCCUUCAAGAAGCAUCAGCAAAAACACAGAUUUCAAAUGACCAACUGAGUAGAAAGUGCUCAGAGCUAAGCAGUAUGCUUCAGAAUGUUACUGUGGAAAAUGCCAAGAUUAUUGCUGACCACCAAGCCAUUCUGCAGGUAGAGCAAAAAAUGAUGACACAGACAUUUCAAGAACAAAACAUACUGUUGGAUGCAGCCCAUGCCAGCAUCACAAGUGAACUAUACACAGUUCAGAAUGAGAAAACCCAGCUCCAAACACAUCUGGACCAUUUAAUCCUUGAGCAUAACCAGUGUAUACAGAAAGCACAGGAUGCUGAGAAGAGGACAGCUGCACAGAAGGAACUUCUAGAAUCAACUAUUACAAGAUUGAGAGAUGAACUGGAAGCAUCAUUGCAAGAGAAGAAGUGUCUGCUGGAGGAUAAUGAAAGAUUUCAGAGAGAGGUUAAUAAAACAGAAAAAGAAAUAGCACAAGAGAAAAGCAAUUUGGAAAACGAAUUAGCUAAAAACAAGGAAGACAUAAAUGCAUUAAACCAAAAUCUGCAGACAUUAGUAGAAGAAAAUAAGCACCUGGCAGAUCAAAUGGCUUCCCUGGAAAUUCAGCGAGUCACUUCUGAAUACCAUGGGCUUGCUGGGCAGAAAAUGGAAACUGUCUUGGGAAAAAUUACUGAGAGUAAAAAUAAACUGGCCUAUGAAAAGGGAAAACUCCAGAUAAAAGUUAAACAGCUCGAAGAACAACUGCGUUCUUUUACUGAAACCAGUUUACAGAAUGACCAUCUUCGCAAGCUGAAUAAGGCUCUAGAGGUCAAAUAUGCUCAGGUGAAAUCCAUUCUUGAAAAAAAUGAAGAAGAGCUAUCCCAAGCUGUGAAGUGUCGAGAUGCAGUCCUGCAAGAGAGUCAUAAGUUGAAAGGGGACUUGGAGGCUUUGGAGGACAGGGAAAGCAAGAAGGUAGGAAACUUUCAGCGACAAUUGGCAGAGGCUAAAGAAGACAACUGCAAAGUCACAAUCAUGUUAGAAAAUGUGCUGGCUUCUCACAGUAAGAUGCAAGGUGCUCUAGAGAAAGUACAGAUAGAACUUGGGCGAAGGGAUUCAGAGAUUGCAGGCCUCAAGAAAGAAAGGGCUCUAAAUCAACAGAGGGUGCAGAAGCUAGAAGCUGAAGUGGACCAGUGGCAGGCCAGAAUGCUUGUUGUGGAUGCACAGCACAGCAGUGAGAUGGAGCCUCUCCACAAAGCUCUAGAAAUAUCAAGAGAAGACAAUAGGAAACUGGCCAUGAGCCUGGAGCAAGCUCUCCAGACAAAUAAUCAUCUGCAGUCUAAGCUAGAUCACAUUCAAGAAAAAUUGGAAAAAAAAGAACUUGAGCGGCAGAAUUUGGAAACCUUUAAAGAACAUAUGGCUGAGGAGUCCAAAGUAGAAGCAGAGUUGCAUGCUGAACGCAUAGAAGCUCUAAGAAAACAGUUUCAAACUGAGAGAGACACUGCAAAGAAAGCAGCACAACGGGAAAUUACUGAGCUGAAGAAAGCCCUUGACGAAGCCAACUUCAGAUCAGUAGAGGUAUCUCGAACCAACAGAGAGCUGCGGCAGAAACUUGCAGAGCUGGAAAAAACACUGAACAGUAACAAGGAGAAAAUAAAGAAUCAGAAGGCCCAAAUAAAGCUCCACUUAUCCACUAAGAUGAAUAAUGCUCAGAAUAUGGAGAGAAUGAAGCAAAUAGAAGCAGAAUUGAGGCAAAUGGAGCUAAUUAAGGAUCAAUAUCAGAAAAAAAACUAUGAACAGUCAUUGAGUAUCCAGAGAUUUGUAUCUGAAAUGAGUAACCUGCAGAAAGAGAUGCAGCUGUUAGCCAAGAGCCAAUAUGAAACUUCAGCACGGAAUAAACAGCAAGAACUGCGACUAAUAGCAGAACAGAAAAUAAGGCAGGAACUGGAAAAUCGGUGUCAGGAAUUGGGAGAAACUGUUAGGCACUUGAAGAAAUGUAAAGAGGCAACAGAGAAUAAACUGAAAGAAGCCAGUGUGGAAUCAGAACAGAUAACAGCUAACCUGCAAGAAGCUCAUCGCUGGUUUCAGUGCAAGUUCGAUGGCCUACAACUUGAACUGACAAAAAACCGAUUGCAGAGGCUUCCCCGGGAAGACAGGUGGCUAGAAGGGGAUCAAGAUAUAAUGCAUGAAAUGUCCAACCAGUCUGCUCUGCAUCGAUGGGAGGCUAAACAGAAUCUUGGAUUCAUGCCCAAGAAGUGUCAUUCUGAAGUAGAGAGGAAGUGAUGUCCUUGACAAAGGAGCUUCUUCAUGUGCAACUACACCUCCAUGAUUCUGCAAGCCAUGCAACUACGUCUGGCCUCUUUGUACAGUCAAAAGAAUGUGAAGUCUUUGAUGAGGGCUGAAGAAUUUGGACCUUAGUUAAUCUUUUAUGAACUUUUAUAACCACUACAGAACCACCCUAUCUUUGUCCCU